CCGCUCGGUAGUGAUUGCAAAACAGUCUGGAGUGUGUCUGUGUGAAGUGGAAAGGACACGAACGAACAGAGACUCCAAAGAAUCAUAUUUUCAACACGAUGACAUUGGCAGAAAUGAUCCAGGUGUUGAGGGGGGCUGGCAAGGUGGGCAAUGCCUUUGCCUCCACUCAAGGUGAACAGCUCAGGCUCAUGGCCUGCAACUCGACCUUUGGUGCAGGGGUCAAAGCCGCGCAGGAGGUGGUCGAGGGUGUGAUCGGCACAUUCACCGGAGGUGACGUGAUUCCCAAGACUGAGGAGUUCCCUGAUAUUGAAAAGUGGGAGGAGAUGGAACAGGAUGAAGCAGCGAAGUGGGCGAUGGGGUCCGAGCUGCCCCCAGACUUUACUGGCAAUGAUUGCAGUAAUGUUGCGGGAGCAUCAGAGACGCUUGUCGGUUCACCCACUGGCAAGGUCAAAGGAAAUGGCUGGCCUGGUCAAAGCACUCGAUUUUUGCAUGUAUCAAUUUGUCAUCAACGUAUAAGGUUUCUUCACGACUCUGUGGUGGCCAGGUUAAGCCCUGAGGACAUAAAAAAGGCGAGGGAGGCAAAACAGAACAUUGCCAGGCCUGUACGACAAAAGCUCAGUGAUCGAGCCAAAGAACGGAAGGUUCCUGCUACACGAAUUAGCCGACUUGCCAACUUUGGGGGAUUAGCUAUCGGACUCGGCAUUGGAGCCAUUGCUGAAGUGGCAAAACAGUCUUUUGGAGGAAAGAGCUCAGAUAUGAGAGCUCUUUUAGACACACCGUUACUCUCAGAGGCCAACGCAGAGAGAAUCGUGGACACGUUGUGUAAGGUUAGAGGAGCAGCCCUCAAGAUCGGACAGAUGCUGAGCAUUCAAGACAACAGCUUCAUUAGUCCACAACUACAAAAAAUAUUCGAGAGGGUUCGACAGAGUGCAGACUUCAUGCCAGCCUGGCAAAUGAAUAAAGUACUUGAUGAGGAGUUAGGGUCCGGAUGGAGGGAGAAACUUUCAUCAUUUGAGGAGAGGCCCUUCGCUGCUGCCUCCAUUGGCCAAGUGCAUCAUGGGGUCUUGCUGGAUGGAAGGGAAGUUGCUAUGAAGAUACAGUACCCUGGAGUUGCAGAAAGCAUUCACAGUGACAUAAACAAUCUCAUGUCUGUUUUGAAGAUGAGCGUUGUUUUACCUGAUGGUCUGUUUGCUGACAGCAGUCUCGAGGUUCUUCAGAAGGAGCUGGCGUGGGAGUGCGACUACAGGAGAGAGGCGGAGUCUGCCAAACGCUUCAGGAGUUUACUUAAAGAUGAUCCUGCAUUUGUGGUUCCUGAGGUCUUUGAUGAACUUUCAGCUCGACGGGUUAUUACAAUGGAGCUAGUGAACGGGGUUCCUUUGGACCGUUGUGUUGAUUUGGAUCAAGAGACUAGAAAUGAGAUAUGCUAUAACAUCCUGCAGUUGUGUCUGAGAGAGCUGUUCGAGUUUCGCUUCAUGCAGACAGACCCCAACUGGGCCAACUUCUUCUAUAAUAGUGAACAAAACAAGAUAUAUCUUUUGGAUUUUGGAGCCUGUCGAGAUUACCCAGAGUCAUUUACAGAUGACUAUAUAGAGGUGGUCCAUGCAGCUUCAGUUGGAGACAGAGCCACUGUCUUGCAGAAAUCUAAGGACCUGAAGUUCCUCACUGGUUUUGAAGCAAAGGCAUUCGAGGAUGCACAUGUGGAGGCUGUCAUGAUCCUCGGCGAAGCGUUCGCUUCCACAGAUCGGUUUGACUUUGGCAGCCAGAGCACCACAAAGCGCAUCCACAAUCUGAUCCCCGUAAUGCUUCGACACCGUCUUGCACCUCCUCCAGAAGAGUCUUAUUCACUGCACCGUAAAAUGGCUGGAUCAUUCCUCAUCUGUUCCAAGCUGAAUGCCGGCAUCACUUGCCAAAAUAUGUUUCUUGAUAUUUACAAUUCCUAUAACCAUCAGAGAAGGGAAAGAGGCAACCAGGCUUAGGCUAAGAGGAAGUACAUCUUGAGCUUGGACUUUAAAGUACCAUGGUAAAAUUUUAUGAGUGGUGUAUAAAUUCUUGACUGGAUUAUAAUCAAAGACUGACAGACUGGGAUUUUUAUGUGUGUAUUAUAUCAGUCAAUUGAUUGUAUGGUGUUUUUGAAUUAAGUGACUCCAAAAAUUGACAUGUUUGGUGUUAAACCUCUGGGUUUCUGGUUUAUUUAUAAACUUGAAAGAGUUAUAAGAAAGUAACAUUUUGUUAGACUCUUAAAUCUUCCAUGCUCUGUGUGCCUGACAUUUUUUUUCUAAGGAAAUUGUACUGUAAACUAUUAUAAAAUAUGAUUGUUUAUUUGUUUAUCAAACAAGAAACAUUGUUUUAAGGCUUUUUUAAAUGCAUUGAAAGCAGUCAUUACUAUCUUCAUCAUCGUGGAGCUUUUGAAAUGUAACCAUAAAACAUUUGAAUACAAUAAUUUUGCUCCAAUGGAGC